AUGCAUUCCAUCAUCCGCCUUGCGCGGCCUCUCCUGGCCCCGCGCAUCUCUCCCCUCUCGCAAAGGACAUUCUCAUGUCUCUCUCCUCUCCGACCGACCUUAACUUCCACCUUCCGACCCAACAACUCAUUCACCCCUUCACCCACAGCUGCUGCUACAGCGUCAUCAACCGAAACGACAACCGCAGACGUCGUCCCCAAAACAGCGCUCUCUAUGCAUCCCUCUCUGCAGGGCGCCAUGCAGCUCCGCUUCGGACCCCGAAAUACCAUGAACGGCCAUACUAGACUGGUGCAGAAGCGGAGACAUGGCUGGUUGAAGAGGACGAGGAGUAAGACUGGCCGAAGGAUCUUGCAGAGGAGGAAGCUGAAGGGCCGGAGACACGUUGCGUGGUGA